AUGCUUAAUACAAAAAUAACUCUAUUUCUUGGACAUAUUCAAUCUGUUUACUAUCAAAAUAUUUUGAAAAUUAUUAUAUAUUUAAUUCAAUCAUCGAAUAAUGAUGAAACAUUAAUUCAACAACUUCUUUCAUUAACGAUUGAUAAAAUGUCUU